GAAAUAAGGGUUCUAGGAUAGGGAGAAGUUAUUUGCCGGCAAAAUGCUAUCGGCUCCUACUACUGCUUGGAGGAUCUGUGCUUGCCCUCUCCGACGAUGCCGUGAUCUUCGCCCGCGGCGGGAAAAAUCGAGCUGGAGAAUCUUGCGCGCUUCUAGGGAUGGGAAUGUGGGCAGUGUUCCAUUUCCAUCGGAUUACAUUGAGAUGGUCAAACAGGCACAAGACGCUUGUCAGGCUGCUCUUGACGACUCCAAGAAACUUCUGGAAGUUGAAGUUCCACCGGCUGGACUCAACACCGUUUCAGGAGACGAAGAGGGUGGUAUUGAGAUGAACAUAAGCAUGGAAAUUGUCCAGAAAUUCUGUGCUGGGAUGUUCACCGGGGAGAAGGCUCCACGGACUCGAGUGUUUUUCCCGGAGCUGGCCGAGAUGAACAUAGCCAAGAGCGGCGUGUUUGAUGGAAGCAUGUUUAAGCUGGACUACUUGACGAAACCAUCGCCGUGGGAUGAUAUUGGACUCGGAAAGAAGGUGAAAAUGUCCGAGCGCGCAAGACCAACAGAUGCAACGUUUGUUGUGGCGUAUCCAUUCUUCAACCCCAAUGAAAUGCUUGCGGUUGAAGAGCUCUACAGAGACUCUGCGAAGGAAAGUGGAUGCCCGAUAAUAGUUAUCAACGGAGAUCUGGACAAAAUCCGAAAUGGAUAUUAUCCGCCGUUUUUCUAUCCGAAACUAGGGGCUCUCGCCAAGACUUUCCUUCCAGACUUCGAGACUGUUUAUUACAUACACAACUUCAAGGGACGAUUUGCAGGGACGCUAUUCAGAGCUUAUCCCGGGCCUUGGCAAGUUCUCAGAUCCGUAGAGGGAGAAAUGGUUUGCAUUCACUCGCAGGAAACCAUGCCUUCUCUGAAAACAGUCGCGCUCGAGAUACUGCCGUUCCAAUAUGGAGUAUCCGAACGUGUGUGACAGAUGUGUAUAUUGACGAGAGGGCGAUUUGAUAGCUUCCCUUUCGUGCUAUGGAAGGCCUUUACAAGGAAAUUAUCAGCAUUGGCCUCGAAGCCGUGCAAGAUCUUCCCGCUGGGAACAAAAAUGCUGACGAUUCGCCCUGAGAAUUCGGGAAAGCCCUCGUACUAAGCAUCAUGAGGCACGAUGAAUACAAGCAAGCGAGAACUACUCCGACCAACGGACGACGAAGUUUUUGAAAGCCUAACUUACAACUCGGUUCAACACUGUUAAACAAUUCGAAGAAGAGGUCACGAAGAACAAAGAGAAAUAAUCGGUCUGCAAACAUUUGAUCCAAGUCACAGUCUCCAGUGAUGGUGAUGUUGAUAAUUUCAAUCCGCUAGUGCGACACGUUUCAUUUGCUCCAGGUAAGAUGGCCUGAAUUAAACGUUAAAUUAAUGAUUAAGAUAGUAAUUUUAA